UUCAGUUGUAUUGAGCAUCAUUCUCGCGACGCACCUCUUAUCACCGGUUUGCAAUCGGCUACACGUACGUGUACGUGUGCCUAUAUGUGCGUGCGUGGGCGGUUACGUACACGCGUGCUUGUGUACAUUUAGUCAGGUGCAUUAUUGUGUUCGCUAGUCAAAUCACGGAUAUUCACGAAGUUCUUGUCGCUCAGUCAUUAUUCGAGACGUGUACGUAGCAUGGAGAAAUGUCGAAGGAAGUUGAAAUAGAUUUCUCGACAAACCCGGAGAGCGAGCAGUUGUUAUCUGCCGAGGCAUGUGACAAUACACCAAACACAUGUGUGAGAGUUCAACCAGACGAGCGGUUGUCCAUGAACGAGUUAUGUAUUCAAGGCGUUUCGACAUCAAGACCAUCGCUUCAGGACAAAUCCAUGGCAUUAAAUCUUAACACACAUAUGAGCGAAAGCUCGAGCUGUUCGACGACCAUGGUAACGGUAACAUCAUCCUCGAUUACCGCAAGUGGGAACGAGAGCAAUGAUGACCCGCCGCCUUAUGCCGCGAUUCCGCCACCUUACAGCAUGAUUACGCCAUCAAAUUAUAUCGGUUGGCCGUACGGACUUUUUUCAUUCAGCGAUUCGUAUUCCACGGACGGGACGACUCAUAGGAUGGAAAUACCGUUGACGCAUCUCCAAACUCGUUUGACACCGACCAUGGGUUUCCAUCCCGAAGGGAUUAACGGUCGAUACGCGUUGUACCCAAUGCCCUUAACGCCUUACCGGUUCUUCAAGUUUGAUUGCCAUAGGAACUCUUUGCGAAGUGAAACGGUGGACGCCGCGGACGACGAAAUAACGGAGAAAAUCGACGAUAAAAAAUCACGAAGAUGUGGCGCUAUUCUCGUGGCAACAGCGGUCAUCAUCUUUCUUAUGGCCCUAUCCUUGAUAGUUCGCUUCGUCAUGGAAAAGAGUUGGUGGCGAAGAUAGAUCAUCGUUAGAAUUGACCGUUAUUUGGGAAACGUUCAGAGAUAUUCCAAUUUACGAGGAAU